AUGCUGAUUUCAAAGUCAUAUCACGACAUUCCAUCUAAAUUAUCGCCCAACGGACAUCCUAACCGUAUCUUUGUGAUCUCUCCGGUUGUCCCUGGAUAUCCCAAGGCACGAUUUCCCGGCGUUGUAGUCUUCAGAGUUAGUGAGAUAUACCAGGUAACUGGGCCAGUAGAGAGAUUCGCUGGUCAGAUAGCUUCGGCGGGUCGAUCAUCUGACAAUACUCCAGCAUGUCCUUCUAGUUUCCACGAAUUUGAGCCCUCUGAGCCCAUACCUUAUGAUGUCGAGGGUCAGUGCAUCUCCGAUAGUGGUUUUGUGUACAUGCUUACUGAUGAAUUAGAAAAGGAAGUGGCAGCAUACGAUGAGGUUAUUCUCGAUCCAAUUGUGUUGUUC